AUGGAUCAGACGUUGGUUCGGAACUUCAACCCUACCACAAACCCUCGUCAAAGUAUUGCGUGGCAGAUGACAAAAGCCACUGUUGACAACAGCCUGGUGUUUGUCAGGUAUCUCGUCGACCAACAGGGCGUCGAUGUCAAUGGAGCCGACUAUAAUGGCUUCGCGCCAGACGCCGAGUGCCGUUAUUGGGCGGAGAAUUUGAGACACCCUGUGAUUGUUGCUGCUACUCUCGAGCGAUUCGAAAUCGCCAUAUACCUCAUCGAGAGAGGAGCCCAAGUCAAUUCACGUUCUCCGAUAAGCCAAGAAACACUGCUGCACAAGGCAGCGGAAAAGGGCAAUUCUGCGUUCCUGAAUUAUGUUCUUGAGCUUCCCGGCAUCGAGAUCGAUCCUUUGGAUUCGAGAAUGGAAACUCCAGCAGUCAAGGCCACGCGUUUCAACCACCUCACUGCUGUCGAGGCUCUGAUCAGACGCGGUGCGAGUGAGAACAUCCCUCUCCCCCUUGCUGUUGCGAUGGGACGCACAGCAAUCGUCAGGCUUCUCCUCGAAACCGGCGCGGACCCUGAACAAAUCGGACAGGGCGGACGGCCACUCUUGUACGUUGCGGCGGCACAGGGCAAUACGUCGGUCGUCGAGGCCUUACUCGAGGCUGGGGCCCAUGAAGACCCUGUAACGAGGGCUUAUUGUCCGGCAAUGACCGCGGCUACAACCCAAGGUUCGCAUCACAUCGUUCAGCAGCUUCUGUCAAGGGGAUGGAGCCCUGACGGCGACGGUCUCGAUAGGGACCAUCUCCCUCCACUGCAUGCCGCUCUCAAGUCUGGAUACACGAUUGUUGCCACUAUUCUCAUAAACAAUGGCGCGGAUGUCAAUAUGCUUGAUGCUGAUGGCAUACCGGUGGUGUUCUACGCUGCUGAACUCGGUAACAUCGAAAUUUUGACUCUUCUGCAGAGUCGUGGAGCUGACCUGAGCAUCAAUGUCAAUGGUGUCACCGCACAGCAAAAGGCCGCUGAGCGUGGCCGAAGAGAUGCGGUCCGUUUCUUCAGAAGACAGGGUCAUCCAUCACCAGAUGCGCAAUAG